AUGGAUAAAACAGCAGUUGAUAAUAGUAAUAUAAUUGAAACAAAUAAUGAUGCAUAUCAAUGUAAAUUAUAUGCUAUUGAACGUGGAUAUUGGACAGAUCCAUAUUUAAAAAUUCUUGCUGGUUCAACACAUUAUGAACGACGUACACCCGAAAUAAGUCUUGGUUAUUAUGUACGGGUUCAUGGACUUCGACAUUUAAUUGAAAAAUUUAUAAAAUUAACAAAUAAUGAUUGUCAAAUAAUAAAUCUUGGUUGUGGUUUUGAUACAACAAUUUUUUAUUUAUUAGAUAAUGUAAAUCUUCAUUUUAAACAUUUUAUUGAUAUUGAUUUUGAUCAAAUAACAGAAAUAAAAUCAACUAAAAUUCAUCGUAUACCAUCACUACGUAAUAAAUUUCCUAUGGAUAAUAAAACAUUAAAAAUUCCAUGUGGUUUUCAUUCAUCAUUAUAUACAAUAUUACCUGUUGAUCUUCGAAAUUUAACACAAUUAGAUAAUCAAUUAAAUAUUCUUUCAAAUAAUAAUAUUAUUAAUUAUAAUAUACCAACAUUAUUUAUAAGUGAAUGUGUUUUAAUUUAUAUGUCAAAUGAACAUUCAUUAAAUUUAUUAAAAUAUUUAUCAGAAAAAUUUUCUCAAUGUUGUUUAUUUUUAAAUUUUGAACAAAUUAAUAUGAAUGAUCGUUUUGGACAAAUUAUGUUUGAUAAUUUAAAACAUCGUUCAUGUUAUUUAAUUGGUAUGGAUUCAUGUCAAACAAUAAAUAGUCAAUAUGAUAGAUAUAUGAAAGCAAAUUUUAUGUCAGCACAUUGUUUAACAUUAAAUGAAUAUUAUAAAAAAUAUUUAAAUAUAAAUGAAAAACAACGAAUUGAAAAAAUUGAUGGUGGUUUAGAUGAAAAAGAAUUAUUAGAACAAUUAUUUGAACAUUAUUGUUUUUCAUGGGCUUAUAAAGAUGAAAUAAAUCUUGGAUUAGACAAAAUAAAAUUUGAAUAA